GGUCUGCAAGGAGACAGAAGUGGCCGCUCCUGAAGCUUGAGCGGGGGCAGAAUGGACGCGGCUACUCUAACAUAUGAUACUCUCAGGUUUGAGUAUGAAGACUUCCCAGAGACCAAAGAGCCUGUUUGGAUACUGGGGAGAAAAUACAGUGUAUUAACAGAGAAAGAGGAGAUCUUGUUAGAUGUGACUUCUCGUCUUUGGUUCACGUACAGAAAAAACUUUCCUGCAAUUGGGGGAACAGGUCCUACAUCUGACACUGGUUGGGGAUGCAUGUUAAGGUGUGGCCAAAUGAUCUUUGCUCAGGCCUUGGUGUGCAGACACUUAGGCAGAGAUUGGCGGUGGAUGAAAGGGAAGAAGCAAACAGAUAACUAUUACAAUGUUCUUAAUGCUUUCAUCGACAAAAAAGACAGCUAUUAUUCAAUCCACCAAAUAGCCCAGAUGGGAGUUGGAGAAGGAAAAUCUAUAGGCCAAUGGUAUGGACCAAAUACAGUUGCACAAGUACUCAAAAAACUUGCCACUUUUGAUACAUGGAGCUCCUUGGCAGUGCACAUAGCCAUGGAUAACACUGUUGUAAUGGAGGAAAUUAGGAGGUUGUGCUGGUUCAACUAUCCAUGUCCUGGGGCUUCGGCAUUUCCCACUGCAGAGUCGGAUUUGCUGUCCAAUGGGUAUCCAGAUGGAGCAGAGUGCACAGACAGGCUAUUGCUCUGGAAACCUUUAGUACUGCUGAUACCUCUUCGUCUUGGGCUCACAGACAUUAAUGAAGCCUACAUUGAAACCCUGAAGCACUGUUUUAUGAUGCCUCAGUCCCUAGGAGUGAUUGGAGGAAAACCUAACAGUGCUCAUUAUUUCAUUGGAUAUUUAGGUGAAGAGCUAAUCUACCUUGACCCACACACUACUCAGCCUGCGGUGGAGCCAACUGACAGUUGCCACAUCGCUGAUGAGAGUUUCCACUGCCAACAUCCACCCUGCAGAAUGAGCAUUGCAGAGCUCGAUCCUUCUAUUGCAGUGGGCUUCUUCUGCAACACAGAGGAAGACUUUAAUGCUUGGUGCCAACAAAUCAAGAAGUUGUCACUGAUCAGAGGAGCUCUGCCAAUGUUUGAACUGGUGGAACAUCAACCUUCACACUUCUCUAGCCCUGAUGUUUUGAAUCUCACUCCAGACUCAUCUGAUGCAGACAGACUGGAAAGAUUCUUUGAUUCAGAGGAUGAAGACUUUGAAAUCCUAUCUCUUUAAAAAAUACCAACCAUAAUAAGAAGCUAACUCUGCCAAUUUGUGUUGUGGGGGGAGGGGAGCUCCCUGGAGAGCCUAGGGCUACCAGCUUUCAUAGGUGCUUGUUGACAUCCCUGCCUCCCAUCCACCCCCAGCAUUCUGUGCAGCCUUGGAGCAGAGUGAAUUUUCUGCAGUGGGAUCAAGAAACGGGUCAUCAUUAAGGCCUUAAUAGCUUUAGUUAGGCUUUCUCAGUGCAAGAGUACCUGCAGGAAAUGGAUGCGGUGUUUCCUAGGAGCUGAAGAUUUUUUUAUGCUAGCAGGCCUGAAGGCCCAGCAAGAAUAAUAUUAAAAGCCCUUCUAGGUGCUUGAUUCUUGCAAGUUCUCUCUCUUAUUAGGGAAAUUUUACCCUGUUUAGGUCUGUCUUUUUGUAGUUUGGUGUGGAAACCAGCAUAAAAUAAUGCCAGAUACUGUCAGAUUGCUGUCUCCCUAGUCCAACAGAAGAUGUUCUUCAUCAAUUGUGCGUGUUUCGUACAGGAUGGAAUAUACCACAUGUUGCUGCUCAUGCUUCAGUUAAUCUCACAUAUAGAGCUUCCAUGCAGACAUAUUACUACUUUUGUGUUCCGAAACUGAGAACUAUUCAGUCUGUGGAGCAGGGAAGGCUUGGGCAAGUGUCUGCUCAGUGAAUCGGAGGCCAUUCACAGCAACUCCAAAGGGAAUGAACUGGCACGUUAGCAAGGGGCAUGGCUUUGUUAAACAUAGCCUGUAUUUGUUGGGUAUUUUUCUAUUCCAUAUUAAAAAAUAUGGUGGCUGCUAUUUAAUAAAAUGUGAUGGUGGAAGCAUCCAUCGCAUCACUUGAACUGAAAGUACCUCUGCUUCCUCCUUUGAUUCCAUUUUAUUGGUUUUAGAUUCCAAUCAUGAAAUCUGGAAGGCUGUAUGUGAAUAAAAAACAAGUUCUCCUUUCAUGACAAAACAGUGAUUUUAAACACCUGCUUUGGUCAGAGCCACAGGCAGGUCCCCUUACAUUCUCUCUCAGAAUACUACACAAAGUUAACUUUUUAGUUUUGUGGUGAUGUUUCACUUGUUUUUCAGAUUCAUGUUGUGAUUAUUAAUGAGGUUUAAGCAUAGGGCCGCAAAUUUGCCCCUGUGCCUUCUCAAAAAAGAAGCACUUGGUAAAUUCUGGCUUCCUAAAAAGGUUAACUUAACCAACACCAACCUAAGAUGGAAACUUGGGUGUUGUACUCUAAAAUAGUAGCAGGCCUCCUCUGUUUAGCAAGUGAUGCAGGGCAUGGCUGGAUAGGACCCACCACUCCACAAAGUGUUAGCUUCCUCACUGAAGUUGAAUUGUUUAGCUCCAUCAGUGGAUGCUGCAAGUGGCAAAUAUGUUUACAAAGCAUUAUUUCCUGCAUUUAUGAACAGCACUAUCAGCCUAAAGGUGGUAGUAACCAUCUAUAAAUAGACUACGUACAGGGGUAAUUGACCUACACGUAGGUUUUGCUGCCUUUUUGGCUAUCAGAAAGCAGAGGUCUAAACGAUGAUGCUUAUCUGUCAUUAUGUUUUAACUUGCUGUCUUUCUCUUGCUGGUUUUCCUCUCAAUCACAGGUUUUUGGAGGGGGGGGGAUGCAGAGGAACUGGGGCUGUGCUCCAUUCAUCAACUGCUUUCAAUUUAUAUCUGAAUAAAACAGGUUCAAA